AUGUUCAACACCAUAUUCUCUCUGUCGACUCUUUCAAUAUUCAUCCUGCCCUUCAUGUUCUCCUUCACCACCAACUUCAACUUCGUCUGGUUCUGGCUAACAUGGUCAACCUUUGUGUUUUCAUUCUCCCCAACCCGGGUCGAGAUUCUCGGUACCACCAUGGUGCGCGUUCUUUUCUACGCACUGCCAUCUACUCUCAUGUUUCUCUUCGACAUGCUCCUACCAGCCGCGUCGACGGUUUUCAAGGCCAGAGGCGCCGAGGGUCUGCCCGGUGGUAGAAAGACUCGCAAUCUCCGACUGAGGGAGUUCAAGGUCGCCGGAUGGUCAUUAUUCAAUAUUGCUCUGGGUAUAAUUCUGCAGGGAUCGAUUGAGUUGAUCUUUCAUCACACUCUUGGCUGGAAAGCAAGAAUCAAGGUCUCCUCGAUUCUACCUUUCCCAGGCACGAUAGCCAAGCAUCUCAUAAUUGGACUAUCUCUUCGUGGGGUUCUAUCGUAUGUGCUGCACCGCUUCGCACUCCACCGCGAAAAGUCUUGGUACCUCGCCUCACUACAUGAAAGCUGGUACCACUGUCUCAGGGUUCCAUACCCGCUCACAGCGCACUACGACCACCCACUCCCCUACCUGAUCCACAAGUUCAUUCCGAUGUAUCUCCCCGCCGCGCUAUUCCGCUUCCACGCCCUUGUGUUCUUCCUCUACCUAGCGAUCAUCUCGAUUGAAGAACUAUUCUCGCACUGCGGGUACAGAUUCUUCCCGAUUGGUUGGUUGGAGGGUAUUGCCGCUCGAGUCGAUGAGCAUCUCGACGACGGCGGCAACUGUAACUACGGCCUCUGGGGCUUUGUGGACCUGCUCGCGGGGACUUAUAAGGGCGAUGGCGGUGGUGACGAUGAUAAUGAUGACCAUUAUAGUGAUCGCUGUGCGCAUAAGUCCAAGGGCCAGCGGGGUGGUAGUAGCACUGGUAGCAAGUCGAAGAAAUGGGGGAGUAGUACUCCUAGGGUUUCUGGUGGGACGCUGCGCAAUAGGUAG